UGCGAAGUUUGUUUAUCAAUCAAAUGAAGCGAAGGAUCGUGUAUGGUGGUGUCUGAAUGUACGAGGGUUUCUUACGUAAAUCGAUUUCAGAAUAAUUUUAUUCCAGUUUUUAAAGAAUAAUCGUAAGAUAUUGUGAAUACUUAAAUAGUAACCAAGUGGAGUGCUACUUUUUAUUUGGGUGCUAUCGGUAAGCGCGUUGAGCGCGGGCGGCGGCGUGGGCCUGGUCCCCACGCUGGUGUCUCAGGCAGCCCUGGGCGUGGAGGUGGACAUGGUGCAGGACGGCGACGGUGCGGCUAGCGAUGGACUCAUCGCGCCGCGCCGCUUGCCCAACCCUUGUAUGGAGAGCCCCCAGCGAAUGGACUUGCACAGGGAGCUCCUCUUCAAUCAAAGAAUAGGUAAAAAUGUCCUAAAUCAAAAGAGCGAGCUGGAAAAGGCCCUAUCGAAACAUAAAGAAAAGCAAAUCAUGAAUCAAGUUAAGGAACACAGGGAGACUCCAGAGCUGGAGCGUGCGAUAGCGGAGCGCGCGCGGCGGCUGGAGGCGGCGGAGCAGGGCGCGGAGCUGGAGGCGGGCACCAACCCCACGCUGCAGCAGGUGCGCGCGCGCCUGCGACACGCCGCGCCGCCCGCGCCCGCCGCCUCCGCGCACUAGCACCAGCCGCGGCCGCCCGCGCCCGGACAAGCGACAUCAACAGCACUAGCGCUAAGCUAAACGCGAACAUGCAUCGCAUGUUAUUUGCAUACAUUUGAGCGGCGCUAAUGGUUGUCCAAUUGCCUCUUGUUUACGGGCUCUGCCUCGCUAUCUUCAUAUCGUAGGGCUUAUGUUUCACGAGAACACUAUCGUAGCUACCGGAGGCCUACCAUCAUCUGUUGUGUGAUGUGAACAAAGCGUGGUGUUUUUGUAAAAGCGAGACGGCCCAGUACGCUGUACGCUGUAGCCAUUUCUCUUCAGCAACAGAUGAGAAUAGAAAUUUAAAUUUAUCACGCAUCUAUUACAACAGAGGUGUUUCGGUGAAAUAGCCUUCAUGCGUGGUCCUAAUGGGUAAUCAAUCGGGCAAGCACAGAGAAUACUUUAGGACUACUAUCUCAACUACAAGCCUCUUUUAAGUGUUAUAAUUGGUCGAGCGAUCAAACUAAUGUUUGACGAGGGCUUAGCUGCCCAUUAGGACGUCGCCUAACGGUCUCGCCACAAAACAAUGUCCAACGUUACGCCCGCUUUUGUUAAAUGAAUUAAACCUAAAUACUCCAUGGAGGAAAAAGAGACUAACGUUAGACAUCGCUUUGAGUAACAGUUAAUAAACGUGUAUCUAGGUACUUUACCUUGAAAUGAAAAUCUCAUAACAAAAACCCUGAAGCUAAAAAGGCAAUCUAUAAGAUUGAAUAGUUAUUUAAUGUUGUGUCUUAACUUCUUAUUAUACAUCAACAUUGAUAUUUAGAUGAUAAAUUAAGUAAUAUCAGAGAAUUUUUAAAUUAAUAUCAAUUAUUCGCACAUCAUGAGUGUUGUUUAUGACUAGCGCCAUCUAUCUGCAUUAGUAUGUAACUUUUACUAACAACGGCACAUUAGUUCAGGGUGGGUUAGAUUUAUUGUACAGUGUCGUAUGGGGGCACAAUAUUCAAGUGAUACAUUUCAAGGAUUGUACAUGGGUUUUGGUAAUUGGAAGUGCACUGUAAUUUUAAGCAAUGAUCGAAUGUGCGUUGCUAACCAUGUGAAUACGCUUUAAUUGCCAAAGCUUGUCUCAGUAUAAUAAUCGGUUAUGAUUUUAUGUAAUAAGUCGAAGCGCUAUGCUUUAAACUUUUUUUUCAUCGAAAAAGGUCACUAAAAGUGUCACAAAAUUGUUUUCAAAGUAGUGAUUUAUUUGUUAAUGAUGUAUUGACCAUGAAUAUUGUGUAAGGCAAUGUCCAUGGUCCUAAUUUAUAACAAUAUGUAUGGAGAUUCGCAGUUACUAACCACCUAUGAGUAACUAUUUAUUCACAUUAUUGUUUAAUUUACGAGUACGUAAUAUAUCGAACAACUAUAUGACUGAGGAAUCGACUGCGUGUGUUGUAAUAAUUAUAAUAAGGGUAAAGUCGACUUCAACCAAGAGAUUACAAAUAUUUUUCUAAACUUUUUGACGUCACAAAUCUUAAUAAUUCUUAGAACUCAUUCGUAAGCAUUUACUGUUCUUGUUGUACUCUAUGACUUAUCUUUCACUGUAUUAUUUAGAAAUAACGGUCGAAUUAAUAAUUGUAACAACUAUUUUAUGAAAAUAAUUAUUAUAGAGAGUAGAUAGAUGUUUGCAAUUUACAGAUGUAUGGUUGGUAGAAAUAUUAAAAUGUAAUACAUAUUUUAUUGUCAGAGUAGAAAUCUUAUGAAACUAGAGUCCUAAUAAAUAUCUACGAUCCACAUUUACAUGUUAUAGUUAAAUUAAACAGAUAUAUUGACAUACAUAAAGAGCCUAAUGAUAAUAAUCGUGAAUUUAAUUAAUAGCUUUAUGGGCACCUAAUUAAAUAAAUAUCUAAUUUUUUACAGAACCUUGCACCUUAACGGCCUUUCAAUAUUGUCUCCAAUAAAUAGUUGACCAUUGUAUUAGAAUUUGAAGUGUUCAUCAAAGUGAUAGAAAGAUAUUUUUAUAUAUUUGAGACGCCUGUGGGAUAACCGCAGGUUUUCAAAGUUUAAUAGAUAUUUGUAGUAGACCCCGAGAAUACUUUUAACACUACACCUAGUUGAUGUUUAACGUAAUUUUAUGAGUAAUUCUACGUUGCUAAGAUAUGGCUAUUUAAAAAACAAAAUGCUUAGAAUGUAGUGAAUCAGUCGCCGUCUGCGUCAGUACUUGAAUUUUGAAGCUUGCUAUUUAUAUACAUUUCGAUGAAUCUCUGAAUUAUUGUAAAUCUGCUAAUUUCAUGAAUUUGCAAUGAUCAUGUAACAAUCGAACAUUCUCUUGUUUUUGCUUCCGUUAUCGCCUUAUUAUUUGACUAAUAAUUAUGUUCUCGAGUGUGCCUAUUUAUAUAAAACUUGUUAUUUAAUUUCAGAGUAAUUAUUUAUCGUUAUAAGUUAGAUUAAAAAUAGGAUGACGAUUCUCACAAAGAUACCAAAAUUAAACAUAAAAGUUAACUAUCAUUCCACUUGUUAUUCUUUCACUUGGUAUUAUUUCUUAUCAGAAUUAUUUCCUCUUCUGUUAAGAUUAUUGUUAAGUUAUAGUAACUUAGUACAAAAUGGCUCCUUCAUGAUAUGAGGGCUAAUUACAGGCUUUCGAAGCUGCAUCGUGGCCAUCUAAAGUGCGACAUUUGACGAAAGUAGUAUUUAAGUAACUCUUUGUAAUGAUAGUAUAACAUGAAACCUGUAAGAGAAUUCAAUGAUUUGCAUAGUCAAAUAAAAAUGUUUUAGCAUA